AUGCCCCGGCGCCUGUUUUCCUCCGCGGCGCUGCCGCUGCUUCUUCUCGUGUUGAGCUGCGAGGCGGCGGCGGCGAAUGUGAGUGAGGCGCGGCCGAUGGGUCUCUUCAAUCAAGGCAAAACAGAGGCGUCCGGUGGGGGUGGGGACACAGAGGCGUCCGGAGGGAGUGAAGUCACAACGUUUAACGGGCACUCCCUUUUUGCGGUGAGUGGUUUUAUGGUGGCUCUCGCCAAAGCGAAUUACGGCACGGCCAGUGGGCCCAAUUCUGGCGUGUGGGAAAAGCACGUGAGUGCCGUAGGUGGUGGAUGGGCGCAACGAACCAUGACCGUGCGGGAUGCCACUGACUGGUGGACAGGCAUUGCAGUGCAGCGAGGUGGCGAGGCAGGCCGAAGGUUUCAGUUGGGCGGCCCCAAGGCCGUAGUUAAGGCGGAUAGGAUUUUUAUGCUCUUGGAGCGCCUCCGUGGGACGAGUAAAAACCGGGCAACCUUCGUCCUGCAGCUGGUGUUUGGCGAGGUCGGGGAGGGCAAAAGGGGAGGCAAACGCAUCACGUGGGGCGCCGGGAAGUCGCUGGAGGAAAUAGUUAAUUCCCAGCUAACCACGAGGUCAUGGGGUCAAUUCUAA